AUGGCGGCGGCGGGAGGCUCGGCUAGCUCGCUCGCUCGCUCCCUCGGCGCUCGGCCCGUCGGCGCCCGCGCCCGCGCCCGCUGCGGCCUCCACAGGAAGUGCCGGCGGCCGGCCUCGCUUCUCGUCCGCGGCUCCAGCGGCUGCCACCGGUGCACCCCAGCGCCCAGUGGAGGGGCAGGGAGGCCGGGAGUCUCCCCGCAAGACACCAUGGAAAAGUACCAGAUUUUGGACUGGCUGAAUCCUGGGGCCUUGGGGGUGAACCUUCUGGUGGAGGAGACAAAAACCAAAGUAAAGCACGUGAUAAAGCAGGUGGAGUGCAUUGACGAGCAUCAGGCCAACGAGGCCCUGGAGGAGUUGAUGCCGCUGCUGAAGCUUCAGCACGCCCACGUCUCCAUCUACCAGGAGCUCUUCAUCGUGUGGAACAGUGAGAUCUCCUCUCUGUUCCUUUGCCUGGUGAUGGAGUUCCACGAGGGAAGCUUCCAGGAUGUCAUUGAGAAGAAGAGGGCGGCAAAGAGAGUCAUUGACUCCCAGUGGAUGCAGAACGUGCUGGGCCAGGUGUUGAAUGCGCUGGAGUACCUGCACCAGCUGGACAUCAUCCACAGGAACCUCAAGCCCUCCAACAUCGCCCUGGUCAGCAGCUACCACUGCAAACUGCAGGACCUGAGCUCCAACGCACUCAUGAGCGACGUAGCCAAGUGGAAUGUCCGUGCAGAGGAAGACCCCUUUCACAAGUCCUGGAUGGCCCCCGAAGCCCUCAACUUCUCCUUCAGCCAGAAAUCUGACAUCUGGUCCCUGGGCUGCAUCAUUCUCGACAUGGCCGGCUGCUCCUUCCUGGAUAGCACGGAAGCCAUGCUUCUGCGGAAGUCCAUCCGGAGUUCCCCCGACGGCCUGAGGGGUGUCCUGAGGACCAUGGAGGAGAGGAGGGUCCCCGAUGCGAAAAUCUUCAGUUCCCUUUUGCCUCUGAUGCUCCAGGCUGACCCGUCGGAGCGAAUAACCAUCAGGGACGUGAUUCACUUCACGUUUGUGAGCAGCGACUUCAGGUCCUCCAGCGGUGCCCUGAUGCUGCACCGGCAGGUGGUGCCCGAGUCCAUCAUCGACAUGCUGCUAGAAAGCAACGUCGCCAGCAUCUUAGAGGUCAUGCAGAGCUUCUCCAGCCACCCCGAAGUCCAGCAGAGGGCCAUGAAGAGGCUCCUGAGAAUGUCUGAAGAUCAGCAAGGUGUGCCGUGGCCAGCGGAGCUGGUGGAGGUGUUGAUCGGCAUCAUGAAGCAGCACGAGAGGAUCCUUGACAUACAGCUGUGUGCCUCCUCCCUGCUGCUCCGCACCCUGGGCCAAGCACUGGGGCAGGACCCGGCGGCCACGGUGCCGAGCGACAGCGCCAUCACCCCCGCGCUGCUGAGCGUCCUGCAGAGCCACCCCGAAGAGCAGCAGCUCCUGGUCACGGUCUACAGCCUGCUCACCAUCGUCGCCAGCCAGGGUGGGUGAGCGGCCACAGAUGAGCUGCAGAGGGCCGGGCUGUGUGAGCACAUCCUGCAGCACCUGGACACCUUCCCCAGGAACAGGGACAUCUGCAUCAACGGCCUGAGCCUGCUCUGGGCCCUGCUGGUGGAUGCUGCCAUCGUGAACAAGGCCCCCUUGGAGAAAGCCCCGGCCCUCAUUGCUGAGGUGCUGGCCACCUACCCCACGGACGCAGAGAUGGCUGAGGCCGGCUGUGCAGUCCUGUGGCUGCUGUCCUUGCUGGGCUGCAUAAAGGAGCAGCAGUUGGAAGAGGUGGUGGUGCUUCUCCUGCAGAACAUCCGGGUGCGCCAGGACCGGGUCCUGCUGGUGAACCACGCCUACCGGGCGCUGGCCAGCCUCGCGAAGCUGUCUGAGCUGGCGGCCCUGCAGGUGGUGAUGCCCGAGGAGGGCGGCAGCGGCCUCACCCUCAUCCAGGAGACGUACCAGCUCCACCAGGAUGACCCGGAGGUGGUGGAGAGCAUCUGCAUGCUGCUGGCCCACCUCGCCUCCUACAAGGAGAUCCUGCCGGAGCUGGUGUCCAGCGGCAUCCGGCCCCUGGUCGAGGAGAUCCACGGGCGCUUCACCUCCAGCCUGGAGCUGGUUUCUUACGCACAAAGUGUGCUUCAGAAGCUGGAAGAGGCCUCGCAGCGCAGCUCCGACGGCGGGCAGUAG